CAGUUCGUGAGGCGAGAGAGAGAAUACGUAAGUGAGUGAGGCCACGGCUAACAGUAGACCAGACAACCAGAUUGUAAAAGGGAUUAGUAAUUGCUGACACAAGCUCUACCAUGUUGCCACGUGGUGGUGCAGCUGUGUUCUUUGUUUUUAUUCUUGGACUAUGUUGUGCACAAGAGGUGCUCCAUGCUCCUGGGAACCAAACUGUCUUUCUAAACCAGUCAGCAGUGUUCACGUGUGAGACAGAUGGUGGUUCCACUGGUUGGAGAGUUAAUGGAACUUUUGUGGAUGAGCUUCUACCUGCAGUAGAAAUGGAUUUGGAAAUCUUCGGUGCUAACACUGCAGAAGGGACUAGACUGGAGAAUCUGACUAUCCCAGCCAAAGCUGAGUACAAUGGAACU